GGCUUGAUGGAUGCUUUUUCAAAGGAGCAUGUCAAGGUGAGCUUCUAUGUGCUAUUGGUAGAGAUGCUAAUAAUCAAAUGUAUCCGGUAGCUUGGGCAGUAGUGGAGAAAGAAACUAGUGAAUCUUGGGCGUGGUUUGUUGGCCUUUUGAUAAAGGACUUGGAUAUUAAUGACCAAGGUGAAGGAUGGGUGUUCAUAUCAGAUCAACAAAAGGGCCUUAUCAGUGCAAUGCAAGACUAUCUACCGAAGGCACAACAUAGAAUGUGUGCUAGACACAUCUAUGCUAAUUGGAAAAAAAAAGUUUAGAGAGCAUUCUCUACAAAAGAAAUUUUGGGCAAUUGCCAAGGCUGCAAACAGAGAAGAUUUCAUGUAUAGGAAGGCCAAGUUAGCUCAAGAUACACCUGAAGGUGCAAGGGACAUAAUGAGGACAGAGCCUAAGCAUUGGGCAAGAGCAUUUUUUCCUAUCGGGUCCCUUUGUGACUCGGUGGAUAACAAUCUAUGUGAGUCCUUCAACAAUGCUAUAGUUGAGGCUAGAUUCUAUCCUAUCAUCUCUAUGCUAGAGAAGAUUAGACACAAGAUGACACUUAGAGUCCAAGAAAAUAGGAGCAAAAGUGAAAAGUGGACAUCUAGUGAUAUAUGCCCAAACAUUUUCAAGAAGCUUAAAGUGGCCAUCAAAAUGACUCAGUUUUGUGAUGUGCUCUGGAAUGGCAAGGAAGGUUUUGAGGUGAAACAUGUUAGUGGCAGAGGGAGGAGCUAUACAGUGAACUUGGACAAAUGGACUUGCUCUUGUGGUUACUUUCAGCUCGCAGGGAUGCCUUGUUGCCAUGCCAUCAGUGCCAUAUACAAGAGUGGAAGAAACAUAGCUGACUUCAUUCACAAAUGCUAUUCGGUUGAGCAAUUUAAGAACAUAUAUGAACACUGCUUGGAGCCAGUAGAAGGACAAGAGAGAUGGCCUAUCUCUGAAAAACCUAGACCACAAGCACCUGGGUAUGUGAGUAUGCCAGGUAGGCCUCGGAAGAAUGACAGGAAGAGGGAAGAGGGAGAAGUACCAAAAGGAAAGAAAAUGUCAAAGUAUGGCACUAAAAUUACUUGUAGCAUGUGUGGCCACAAGGGGCACAACAAGGCGGGUUGCAACAAUAAUCCUGAAAAGGGGAGGAAGAAGAAUGCAUUCCUGAAGAAAACAGGGAGGAAAAUGAAGUCAUUUGAGCAAGCAAACACUGAUGCUCAAAUCAGAGCAAGCCAGCAAGCUAAGAGCAUAGGAGAAGUUCAAGCACAAGCAGGAACAAAUGGUCGGAAGAGGAAGGCUACAAAAAACAAAACUGAUAUGAUGGAGUAG